GCCAGUUCUACGGCUGCGCGCGCCUGUUUUUGCGACCGCGCUGCUUGACGGCUGCUGCUCCGCCCUCAGGUUGCCUGGUAACGGUGGGCGCGCGUUGCUGCGGGAAGAGACCACGUGAAUCUGGUUCUGAGUGUGCUGGCCCUGUUGGUCUGUGGUUACUGACUGGUCCUCCUCUCUCCUCUGGAGACGUGUUACCUUUGAAAAAUGGCGGAGGCAGUCUUCCGUGCCCCGAAGAGGAAACGAAGAGUGUAUGAGAGCUAUGAAUCGCCACUGCCUAUCCCCUUUGGUCAGGACCAAGGGCCGGGGAAGGAAUUCCGGGUAUUCCGAGCUGAAAUGAUUAGCAACAAUGUGGUGGUGAGGGGCGCAGAGGACAUGGAGCAGCUAUAUGGGAAGGGUUACUUUGGAAAAGGCAUUCUUUCAAGAAGUCGCCCGAACUUCACCAUCUCCAAUCCCAAGUUGGCUGCCAAAUGGAAAGGUGUGCAGACAGACAUGCCUAUAAUCACCUCGGAGAAGUUUCAGCAUCGAGUGGAGUGGGCCAUGGAUUUCCUGCGUAGACAGGGCCACAGUGAGAGCUCUGUGCAGAAGAUCCUCACAGACUACACAGAACCGCUUGAGCUUCCUUUCAGAAAGCGGAAAGAGGAGCGCCCACAGCAUGACCCACCGAGCUCUGAGGCUGCUGCCUCCCCAGAAGGCAGAGUGGAAAAGGACAAACUCUCUGUGAUCACUGGAGGCGCCGCACAGUCAGGUGACCCUCUGGGUCCCAACAGGCACUCAGACUGCCCACAGGAGGGGCCCGGCGAAGCCACAUUCGCUGUGGCCAGCCCAUCCAGCCUUAAUGGGCAUGUGGUAGAGGACCCCACAGUUCUGCCCCAGGUCCCCUGCCAUGGCCAGGAAGCCUUCAUUUCCCGGGAUGGCCUUUGGCCUGAAGGCGGCAGCCAGGCAGCAGGAGAGAAGAGGGCUGCUCACGAGUAUGUGCUCGUAGAGGGAGACCUGGGUGAUGUCCAGGAGGAGGAGGAGGCGGCCCCAGAUGAGAAGUUGCUGCAAAGAAAGAGACUGGUAUGCAGAAGAAAUCCAUUCAGGAUCUUUGAGUAUCUGCAGCUCAGCCUAGAAGAGGCUUUCUUCCUGGCGUAUGCCCUGGGAUGCUUAAGUAUUUACUAUGAGAAGGAGCCCUUGACAAUAGUGAAGCUCUGGCAAGCCUUCACCGCCAUCCAGCCCACUUUCAGGACGACCUACAUGGCCUACCACUACUUCCGAAGCAAAGGCUGGGUGCCCAAAGUGGGGCUCAAGUACGGAACAGAUCUGCUGCUGUAUCGGAAAGGCCCUCCAUUUUACCAUGCAAGCUACUCUGUCAUCAUUGAGCUGGUGGAUGACAACUUUGAAGGCUCCCUCCGAAGACCUUUCAGCUGGAGGUCACUGGCUGCCCUAAGCAGAGUCUCAGGGAACGUCUCUAAGGAGCUGAUGCUGUGUUACUUGAUUAAGCCCUCCGCCAUGACUGACGAAGAGAUGGAGACCCCAGAAUGUAUGAAGAGGAUUCAGGUUCAGGAGGUGAUUGUCAGCCGAUGGGUUUCUUCACGAGAGAGAAGUGACCAAGAUGAGCUAUGACCUUUCAAGCUCAGAGGCCACAGUUCACCAGCAACUUUGACUGUGUAGCAUCAGUUUGCCUCCAAGGAGCUUCAGCACAUUUAGGGAUCACAGGACCCCAUAUUCUGUUCAAAUGGAAAAUAUGCUCCUGUGGCUCAGCUCACCAAAGGACUUCAACCAAUAACCCAGAUGAUGGAGAAUCCAUCGAUGGUCUUAAAAUACUGCGUGACUAAUGCAUUCUCAGUGAACUCAUUAUUUGACAGGUUUGUGCAUCAAACACAAAAUUAUACAGUAUUAGCUAUUAAAAUGCAUCUUGCUUUGGGGAAUUUUUUAUAAAAUAAAAAUAAGCGGUGAAGUUUUUGGAGAGAGAACAAAUGCAGUUAACAGAAGAAUGUGACAUCAUUACCCUCUUCCCAUGGGCAGAGAAAAUGUUGCCUGGGGACAUAUAGGCAUCUUACUCAAUUUUUUUGUAUUGCCAUAGUGGAAUGCCUAAUGCUAAAAAGCAUACAAAGUAAAAAGGCUUAUGAUUUUCAUGGCUGCAAAGUCCAGACAGCGUGGCACAAGUCUGGAACUUGGCAGAAUCAUAAUGUGCUAGAGAAAUGAAAAGGGGUGUGAACCCAAACAAGAGAUGGGGAUGGGUGCCACGGACCAGCCCAGUCAGGCUCCCUGCGUCCUUGGCAAAAUCAGAGGUUUGGAUGUCAGGAAGGCACAGUUUCAGGUGAAUGACAGUCAGAGACCACACUGAGAUGGUUUUGACCCUGCUGUAACUUUACUAAAGUCAGGCUAAUAAUUUUAUAGUAAUUACAUAAGGAAACACCUUAAAGUUGGCAUAUUUCCCAGAACACUUAGAUUUUUACCAAGAAUACAAAGUUUACAUUUUAACUCAAAAAUGUAGUCAAAUAUAAAACAGUGCCCACAAGAAA